AUGCUACUGCUGGAGCGGGAGCUGAAGGAUAUUCAGAAGGACCACGACGGCUCCGUAGAUGCUCACAUGAUUGAUCGGGAUAUUUACACUUGGAGAGGUUACAUCAAGGGACCUAUACAGACACCUUAUGAAGGCGGAUACUUUAUUUUGGCCAUCAAAAUACCUGAGGAUUAUCCUUAUAAUCCACCAAAAAUACAUUUCGAAACGAAGAUAUGGCAUCCAAAUAUAAGCAGCGAAACCGGCGCUAUAUGCCUUGAUAUCCUCAAAAAUGAAUGGAGCCCGGCACUUACAAUUCGUACGGCGUUACUGUCUAUACAAGCACUUCUCUCGGCACCCGAACCAGAUGAUCCACAGGAUGCAGAAGUUGCUUCUAUGUAUCGACGCAACUAUGGCGAGUUUGUAAAGACUGCUAAGCUUUGGACGUCGACAUUUGCGCAGAACCAAAGCGAAACACGCGAAGGCAAAGUUAGCACGCUACUUGAAAUGGGUAUCGACCUAGAAACCGCCACAAAGGCAUUACAAGACAACGGAUGGGAUACCACUGUUGCUAUCAAUCGGAUCAAAGCUGCGCAGCAGCGUUACGUCGCCCCUAAUUUCAGUGACAAUCAGCUUUAUUUGCGGGGAUACGGACGCCAUUGGGGUGAAAAAAUCACAUACUCAGUUGGAUUAGCUUACGGAUCAGGAUUGUUGCUGGGAGGGUCGUUCGGCCUAGUGAAAGGUGUUGCCAAGGGCGGCGCUACCCGGAAACUGUUCAUAAACUCGAUCCUCAACACCUGUGGUACUUACGGUCCGAGGCUGGGUAACGGCGCUGCAUGUGUCACGCUAUUAUAUUGUGUGAUCAACACUGUUACGAAGCUAAGUAGAGGCGAACGUGCCGGGGAGGACGCAUACAUAGCACCCGCUGCGGGUUUGGCUGCAGGAGCGUUAUACAAGUGCAAGGGCACUUGGCCAGCUCUCGCCAAGUACUCACUGGGUUCGGCAGCCGCAUUCUCUGCAAUCGAUUACGCUCUGCGUAACUCUCUAAUAUAA